AUGUCAUGCAAGCUCAAAAGGCAAAAGUCAUUUAUCUGCUGUACUAGGUACGGAGGAUCUACGGAGUACUCCGUAUAUAUAUACCGCCCACUCGACUCGCUGCUCUCAUUGGAGAAUACGACUUGGUACCGUCGGGUAAUUCGUAUAUGCCUCCUUCCCGGUGACCUCGGUCAGCCUGUUUCCCCCAGGCAUCCUGCCCAGAGGUAUCGAACCAUGCCCAGAUUCAAAAAAGGAGGCAAGGCGUCCGCAGCGGCGCCUCCCCCCAAUCCGCAUCCCAGGAAACACCGCAAAAUGCAUACAUUUUCUAAGCUCUCGACCGCCACCCAGGGUCCUCAUGGUCCGCCCGGCCACUCUGCCGCCAACAAGGACCGGAAGAAACCUCACCCGCAGCAGCGACGGCCCAUUGUGCCCUUUGGGAGGAAGGACCGUAUCCUCAUGGUUGGGGAAGGUGAUUUUUCCUUUGCUCGCUCAUUGAUCCUUCAACAUCGCUGCAGACAUGUCAUGGCUACUUGCUACGACUCCAGAGAGGCGCUCUACAGCAAGUACCCAAAGGCUGAGCAUAAUAUCUACGACAUCCUUGAGCCCCCCCACAAGACAACGAACAGCGAUGUUCUUGAUAUCAAGAGCCAGUUGUCCGAAGGACAGAACAGCAAAUGCGAUGUUGGCAAGCAUGAUGAUGCACAUGACUCUUAUGAAAAUCAGACACAGCAUCGUGGACCAAAAGUACUUUAUUCGGUCGACGCUCGGAAACUAGGGCUUCUAGCAGGCGGGGGGAAGGAGGUCCGCAUAGGCUUUCCACGCCGGGAGCGUAAACGUCCUGCAUGGCAGGAGGCAAAGGAUGACGCUCCAUCUUCUGUACCUAAGGGCGGACCCUGGGACGUAGUCUGCUUUAACUUCCCUCACGUGGGCGGCCUCUCAACGGACGUCAAUCGGCAGGUGCGUGCCAAUCAAGAACUCUUAGUAGCCUUCUUCAAAGCGUGCGUGCCCUUAUUGUCGCAUGCACCUAAAUCUACAGCUGGUGAAUAUGAGGAUGAUUGGAGUGACUGGGAGGACUCCGAAUCUGAAUCUGAUGACGAUGAUCAAACCGAUGAGGGUAACCGUAACCCCUUGCGAUCAGCAAAUACUACCGGUAGAGCGACGUGCCAACAUAGGGUCGAAGCCGGUCAGAUUCUAGUGACAAUGUUCGAGGGGGAGCCAUAUACCCUGUGGAAUAUCAAGGACCUUGCACGGCAUGCCGGCCUGCGAGUGGUCACCAGUUUUAGGUUUCCAUGGGCUUGCUAUAACGAGUACUCUCACGCACGUACCCUCGGCGAUAUUGAAGGGAGAAAUGGAGGGAAAGGUGGCUGGCGAGGCGAAGAUAGGGACGCGAGAAUGUUCGUAUUUGAGGUUAAGCAGGAGGAUCAUCCAGGACCCAGGAGAGACGCGAUAGUCCACAAACCCCAGCCUAAUGCGAGAAAAAAGAGGCUCAGAGACGCGUCCGAUAGUGACGAUAGUGAAUAGAAACCAUGGGCCAAAUUAUCCUUUCCAGGAUUUCGGCCCAUAAUGCAUUCCAACAUG